GUACAGGUUGCCGUCAUGCCUCCGGUAGUAGGCAAAGUGAAUGAUGGAGCAGACCUCCCCGACCAGGACUACCAGAGUUUUACAUCCGAAGUCUCUGCCUCAUGGUACUUCUUUUCUGACACAGACUCAACAAUUGUCAAGUAUUUCUGGUGUGUCGGGACAAGCCACAACACAACAGACUGCAGUGUACUGGAGUGGUUGGAUACUGGUCUGCACACAUCUUUUAGCAGAUCACUUCCAACUCCAUUGUCUGGUGGUACAUUAUGGAACAAAGUGUAUGCUGUAGACGCGGUUGGUCAUGCCUCUGACGUAGCUGUAUCUGAUGGAGUUGUCAUCGACACAUCACCCCCUGAAACUAAGGAUGUAGCAUAUCUUGGAGACAAUCUGGUUAAGAACCCAUCAUUUGAGGUAGGCGAUAUUACAGGUAGUACAUCAAGCUGCAACCUCGUCAUACCAACACCAUGGGAAAUUGACACAGCGUCCUGUAUCAAGGUUCAGGCGCCGGAUUCACCUUUAGCUAAAGAUGGACAUAUGUUUGUGUCCGUAAGUGGAAGCAUCCAACAAACGAUCUCAGGUCUUGAGGUUGGGAGGCAGUACAAGCUGACUCUGCAUGCUGGAUACCCAGAGACUGUUUCCAACACCCACAGAUCAGUUGAUGCAAUAGUUACAAUAGGAAGGGAAGUCUUCAGCUUUACCCUUGACCCUAACCUCUGUAGAGGCACCUGCAGUGUCGGAGAUCACUCAGUCGUCCUCUGGAACAAGCACACAUACAGGUUCACAGCCGUAGAUACCAGUCUAGUGCUGAAGAUAUCGUCAUCGUCAAGGAUGAUGGAGUUUGUAUUGGACCAUGUAAGUGUCCAGACCGUGGACUAUGUUGCUGGUCAGGACAGUGUGGACACAGAGGAGCAUCUGGUGGUCCACUCUGUGUUCUUGUCACACUGGUCAUCUCUACAUGCUUCCUGGCACUUUGAGGACCUGCGUUGUAAAGUGAUCACAAGGAUGACAUCAAUUCGCAAUGCAAAGUCACUGUCCACUGUAGCGCGUUAAUUACUUUCAUCACCU